AUGACUGCUCUGAGGACUCUAACUUUUCUCUCUUUAAUUGGGUUUUCCACCAGUCAGACUUCAGACUGUUCAUACUAUGAUCUGCUGAACUACUUAAACAUGACUGAAUCAAAUACUGUUCUGCAAAUCAUGAGACCAGUGAAAAGCUGGACCAACUCCACACUCGUUCAGCUCGACAUGUUUCUAUUGGGUAUUUUAGAAGUGGAGGAGAAGUCUCAAACUAUCACAUCUCACAUCUGGCUCUACAUGUCUUGGACAAAUGAGUUCCUUACUUGGAAUUCUUCAGACUUUUGUGGGAUAGAAGAGAUAACCCUUCCAAAAUCACUUCUGUGGGUCCCCGAUGUGAGAAUCAAUGAGGAUGUUUCCGAUACCGGGAGCAUUCAGGAGAGUCUUCUGGUCACCGUGAAUUCCAGCGGUUGGAUGUACACGAGUGGACGCCAGCGGCUGACCUACACCUGCUGUCUGGAUCUCAUGAUGUUUCCUUUUGAUACGCAAUCCUGCAACAUCACAUUUUCAACAAUGAGCUCGAAUGAGAAAACAAUAAAAUUAGGAACAUUCAACAGUGACAACGUGCUGAAUAAAGUCUCAGCAGAGGCCAUGGUUACAAUGGGAGAGUGGGAACUCAAAAGCUUGAUAACUUUUAAUGGAUCGAGAGCCAGAAACAGACUUAGAUACACGGUCACAAUGGAGAGGAAGCCAAUGCUGUACGUCAUAAAUCUUAUCGUGCCGCUUUUCUUUUUCCUCAUCCUGGAUUUGGCUUCAUUCUUCAUUAGUGAGGCCAGAGGUGAAAAGCUGAGCUUCAAAGUGACGAUACUCCUGUCCAUCUCCGUCUUACUGCUAAUUCUUCAGGACAUGUUGCCCUCCACAGAAAAGAGCCUGCCGAUGAUCGCUGCAUACUGUGCUGGAGUUUUCGCCCUGGUGGGGAUUAGUGUCCUGGAGGCCAUGCUGGUGACCUUCUUAAUCGAUCUCGAUUGUUAUUGUGGUAAGAAGGCCCAUGAGGCCCACGAGGAUAUUCAGCUGCAAACGGGCGAUGUCACAGAGUCUGCUGAAGCCGAAGAGACAGGCCAGGUAAAAGAAGACAGGUGUUACCUUCCUGAGUACUGUGACCUGCUGAAACUAAUCCUGGAUGAAGUGAGGGCAGUUCGAGGGGAAGCAGAAAGACAGUACAAAGAGAACACAAAGCGUGGGCGCUACAGGAGACUGGCUGAAAUCACAGAUUAUGUGUUCUUUGUUUUAUAUUUUAGUACUUCUGCUUUGUUUCUGGCGUUCAUGUAUUUAGUGUGGAUUGCAAAGGUUAUUUGAUUUAGAUUUGUUGCACCUGCCUACAAGCCUACACGGUGUGUAUAAUCUGCCAGU